CACAGAAACAGACACCUAAGGGUCUUUUAGAUGCAGUGUGCGCACAGGCAGAAACUCCGGAAGUGUCCCGUUGCCCUCCACCAGCUCCUGUGCCUGUUCUGUUAGAAAAGCUGUAGGACGAUCUCUCUGAAAUCAUGGUUUUUGAGGAGAAAAUGAUUUUAAACGGAGACCCAGAGGAGGAGGAAGAAGAGGAAGAGGAAGAUAUGGUGGACCCUUUAGAGACAAUCAGGCAGAAAUGUGAGGAGACUGAACACUGUGUCCACGCACAUGAAAAACUCGAGAUGUGUGAGACGAGGGUGGGCUCGCGGUCUACUGAAGAGGACUGCACCGAGGAGCUUUUUGAUUUCUUGCAUGCACGGGAUCACUGUGUGGCCCACAAACUCUUCCACUCAGUCAAAUGAAGUUCUUCAGAUCCUUAUCACUGCUCCCUCAUGACUUUCUUGUCAGUAUCACUAAAUAAAGUUGUUAUUUAUAGGCAGAAA